CCUCACAGAGGUAGCUCCUCCGCCGGCAGUAGCUCGGCGCCCCGGCGGUCCAUGGACCGGAACCCUGGGCGGACCGGCAGGAACCCGGGCCGCGACCGCCGCCUCCCGGCCCCAGGCUCCUCCUCCUCGCUCCCCGCCGCCCUCUGCGGUCGCCCGCGGGCUGCGCACCGCCGCCGCGGGCCUCUGGGAGCCGCGCCGGGAGGCUGUGUGGCGGGGCCGAGGCCGCCGCGGGACUGAGGCCUACUCCGCCGCCUCUCAGUGCUAUUGUCCCGGGGCCUGGCCCUGAGCGGAGCUGCGGGCGAGGGCCGAGCUCGCCGGCUCCGCAGAAGAUGCCGGACCAAGCCCUUCAACAGAUGCUGGACAGAAGUUGCUGGGUGUGUUUUGCCACCGAUGAAGAUGAUAGAACAGCUGAAUGGGUGAGACCAUGCAGGUGCAGAGGAUCUACUAAGUGGGUUCACCAGGCUUGUCUACAACGCUGGGUAGAUGAGAAGCAAAGAGGAAACAGCACAGCCAGAGUGGCCUGCCCUCAGUGCAAUGCCGAGUACUUAAUAGUGUUUCCAAAGCUGGGUCCAGUUGUUUAUGUCUUGGAUCUUGCAGAUAGACUGAUCUCAAAAGCUUGCCCCUUUGCUGCAGCAGGAAUAAUGGUUGGAUCUAUCUACUGGACAGCUGUGACUUAUGGAGCAGUGACAGUGAUGCAGGUUCACCAUUCUACUCUAUUCAGUGACACUACUUUUGAUGUGAAGGUUGUAGGCCAUAAAGAAGGGCUGGAUGUUAUGGAGCGAGCUGACCCUUUAUUUCUUUUGAUUGGACUUCCUACUAUUCCUGUCAUGCUGAUACUAGGCAAAAUGAUUCGCUGGGAGGACUAUGUGCUUAGACUAUGGCGCAAAUACUCAAAUAAACUACAAAUUUUGAACAGUAUAUUUCCAGGGAUUGGUUGUCCUGUUCCUCGAAUUCCAGCUGAAGCUAAUCCUUUAGCAGAUCAUGUCUCUGCUACUAGAAUUUUGUGUGGAGCCCUUGUCUUUCCUACUAUUGCGACAAUAGUUGGUAAACUGAUGUUCAGUAGCGUUAACUCAAAUUUACAGAGGACAAUCUUGGGCGGAAUUGCUUUUGUUGCCAUAAAAGGAGCAUUUAAGGUUUACUUCAAACAGCAGCAAUAUUUACGUCAGGCACACCGCAAAAUCCUAAAUUAUCCAGAGCAAGAAGAAGCAUAAAACUGACUUCUGGUUGUUCUGAGGCCUCUCAUCCUGACGAGUCUGUUGUGUUCUGAUUCCAUCACUAAUGCGCUAGUGGAGACUGGUGAUAAGCUACUGCUCCUAUAUUCUAAGAGAUACAAUAAAGCACGCAGGGCGGGGGAAAGCCUCUCAGUAAUCACGGAACCUAAGGACACGAGUCAGCUCUGUAAUUUGUAUGUACUACUUUUACGGCAGUCGGCUAAACCAUUAUUUUAGCAUGGUAAAUCUGGGUUUGUUCAUAUUUUUCCAGACAAGAAUGUAAAGAUAAAACUGUACAAAUAUUAAAAGUGGACAUGUUGUUUCAUUCUGAUGCCUCUUUUGUAUAUACUCAUGCUCAGUGUUUUCUUAGGAACAGCAACUCGAUGAAGGAACUGUGAGGACUUUCUCACUGGUGUAAUUUGACUACAUGCUACACAGGAGCCUCUGUUAACAUGAGGAAAUGUAAACUAGUUCUGAAUAAAUAACAAGCCCAAAAAUGUCUGUCAGCAUUGAAAUGAUUAUCUGAACAAAAGAGAUUUUGUUGCCUUUUCCUUAACCCACGUGACAUCUCAGAUGUGUAGGGUCAGUUUCCAGGGCUUCCAGAUCACUUUUUCACUAUUAAAUUUAUUUAUGCAAUAUUGACAUCUCAUAGUUCAUAGUGUGAUUUUGACUCAUGUAGUCAUGUGUGUGUGUGUGUCUGUGUGUGUCUCCGUGGGGGUUAGGGAGGGUCAGAAAGAAGGUAGGAGGGAGGGAAGCAGAGGAUAGUGAUAGGGAAAUGAGGUGGAAGGCCCUUGAAUCACUUAGUGUGUGUUUUAAUUUGUAUUUCUAGAAAUUAGAACUGCCAGUUCACAGUUUAACCAGAGAACAACUUGCAAAAAUAUAAUAAAAUUAUUGGGUUUUUGAUGAUUAAUUAUUCAUAUAAUUGUUUGUUAAUUGACUCCCAUUUACCUAGCCACUGUGCAGGGUGCUAUGGGAUGUAGUGGUGAACGGCAGACUUGCUCUUAGAGCUUGCAGUCUAAUCCUAAUAGAACAAGCAGUGAUUGAACCAAAGUAGGUGUUGAUGGUGCUGUGCGUAUCAGUCGGUAUCAGAGGUAAUUAUGAAAACAAGUCUUUAAGGAGUAUUGAUCAAGGCAAUUGAUUUCCACUUUACUUGUUUAUAGGAUAGCCAAUACUAAUGUUUUUAGGGUGUUUUGUUUUUGAAUCAGGGUCUCUAACAUAGGCUAACCUCAAACUUCUAUGUCUCUGAAGAUGACUUUGAACUCCUGAUCCAGUUACAGGUGAGCACCGUAACGCCUGCUUUUUUUAACUUGAUGCUGUGGAUUGAACCCAGGGCCUUAUGCAUGCUAGGUAUACACUACCAAUUGAACUACAUCACCAGCCCUCCUUUUAGAUUUUAAUUGUCGUAUUAAGGGAGCAAUCUCCUUAAUAGUCAUUGUUUAACUAGUUUUAUAUUCAUUGUUCAAAAGUAAUUAUUUAGGUCAUGUUCGAUAGUGACCAUAUAAUGUUCAGCAAUCUGAAUGUUCUUUUCACUUAUUUUUAUUGAUUAAAAUGAAAAUGUUUAAAGUUCGAAAAAUAAUGCUGUUCACAGUAUAUGAUGCAUGAAUAAUGUUCCCCUUACUGAGAAAUGGAUACUUCUCUUUAGAAGUGUAACAAAUAUAGAUCGAGCUGUAUUAGGUUGUAAAUAAUAAAUAUUUUAGUAAAGACUGGUA